AAUUUUUUGAGGGGUGUUAGAAUUCGUAUUUCAGUAUCCCUAUUUUGGACAAAGAAAUUCUGAUUUUUACGAGGAGUCCGUGAAGGCGGCACACGUCUGGUUGGAAAAACAGUAGGUGGGGUUUCAGCUGAAGGUGUACACAGUGUACGCGGACCUUGAGUCUGAGCAAACAGCAUUUGAAAGAGGCCAUAAGAAACAUUUACAAGUGUUGAAGUGAAGCUACUGCUACAACAAAAAUUACGUUUAUUUGAAACAUUUCGUCUGGUAUCGUUUAAGGUGAAACUUGUGGAUUUCGGGAGAGAAAACCCCACAGCAGUGCUGUCCAGCAGCAUGGACGCAGCGGCUCCAGGAUAAAGUGAAUCAUGUUUCGUGAUGUUUACCUCUCACUUCUGCUGGUGUUGUUUCACCAGCAGGUCACGUCGGGCUCACAUGUCCUCGGGAAGCAGCCUGGUUUCGGAUUACCCGGGCCGUCUUCAAACACACCACAAGCCGUGAUGUUUGCAAGCAGCAGCGAUGAGUGUGACCUUGUGAUGAACGUCAGCUCUGCAGACCGCUGCACGUUUGUGAAGAACACACCAGACUGUAACAUGGAAGAUGGCUUCAUCAACUACCUCCGUGUGGCCUUCUGUCUGCUUUCUCCCAAUCUCACCCCUCUCACCAUCACUCUCUGUAUUAUAUGGCUGCUGUUUUUGUUCGUCAUUCUUGGACUCACAGCGUCUAAGUUUUUCUGUCCAAACCUGUCAGCCAUCUCUACCAGUCUGCACCUCACUCAUAACGUGGCUGGUGUGACGUUUCUGGCUCUUGGUAACGGAGCUCCUGACAUCUUCAGUGCCGUGGUAGCUUUCUCUCGGCCACACACCGCUGGGCUGGCUGUCGGAGCUCUAUUUGGAGCUGGCAUAUUUGUCACCACAGUAGUCGCAGGCAGCGUGGCGCUGGUCAAACCUUUCGCUGUGGCCUCCCGUCCAUUUCUGCGCGAUGUCAUCUUCUAUAUGGUGGCAGUGUUUUGGACUUUCCUCAUGUUGUACAGAGGAACCACAACGAUUGGAGAAACACUGGGGUACCUGGGCCUCUAUGUGGUGUAUGUGUUGACCGUUAUCAUCAGUGCAUACAUCUACAACCGGCAGAAACAUUCAGUGAACUCUAGUGUGCAGAGCACUCCACAUGUUCCAGCAGAGUUUCACUCGUCUGACUCGUCUGAUGAUGAUGUUCCCAACCUGAAUGGAGGGACCAUCCAACAGGAGUACGAGUCGGAGUACAGGCCGCUUCUGCCUUACUCAGAGUCCACAACUAAGGUCCUGCUGCGUUCUCUGAACCCGGUGGACCAAAGGAAGUGGAGGAGGAAAUCAUGGAGCUGGAGAGUCCUCAAAGUACUGAAGACCCCUGUAGAGUUCCUGCUGCUGCUCUGCAUCCCUGUGGUCGACCCUGAUAAAGAAGACAGGAACUGGUGUCGUCCACUGAAUUGCCUUCAUCUGAUCACCGCUCCUCUGGUGUGUGUGCUCACCCUCCAGUCUGGAUUGUAUGGAGGUUAUAUGAUACAGGGAGAGUUUCCUCUCUGGCUGCUGAUGCUUCUUCUGGGACUUUUCCUGUCUGCUAUUGUCUUCUGCACCACCACCAAUGACCGUCCUCCUAAAUAUCAUCCACUGUUUGCUCUGUUGGGCUUUGUGGUCAGCGCAGUGUUGAUCAGCGCAGUGGCCUCUGAAGUGGUCAGUCUUCUGCACAUGCUCGGUGUGGUGCUGAGUCUCAGCAACACUGUGCUGGGGCUGACUCUGUUGGCCUGGGGCAACAGCAUAGGAGACUGCUUUUCUGACAUCACCAUCGCCCGGCAGGGUUACCCACGGAUGGCCAUAUCUGCCUGCUUUGGAGGCAUCAUUUUCAACAUGCUGUUUGGAGUGGGUUUAGGAUGUCUGGUGCAGAUGGUUAAAACACACUCGGAAGUGCAGUUUGAAUCAGAGGGUUUGCUGACGUGGAUUCUUGCAGGAUCUCUGGGUUUGUCCAUGGCCCUGUCCUUUGUCAUCGUUCCACUGAGCCGGUUCCACCUGGGUCGGACAUAUGGGAUCUUCCUCCUGGUCUUCUAUGCCAUCUUCCUUCUCAUUGCGCUGCUCACCGAGUUUGGCAAGAUCCACGUGACAUAGAUUGGACUCUAAGGCCAGUCUGAAAUGAGGGACGUGCAACACGACAGACUGGAACAGAACUGCACCGUAUUCUGCACAUAAUAUUAAUACACUGCUCAUACGAAGAAUCAACAGUACACUUUUUGCUCUGGCAAAUGAAUGACAGACUGCUCAGGGAGAGCUGAAACUGAUCACACUGUGCCUUUAUUCAACUUCUUGUUUGUGCUGGAACUGUGAUGGCACUUUGUGAGUCCAGAGGGAAAACACAGGAUGUAGAAAUUUAUACUUUAAAACAUUGCGAAAGAACUAAAAGUACUGUAAAUCAAAAUGUUAAAAUGUACAAAGCUGCUUUUGGGGCAUUAAAUAAUUUUGGUUUGGUACUUGUUUUUACAGGUCCUCAUAAUGCUGGUGUGUUAAAUUAUACAUUAUAAGUAAAUAAGCAGUUACUAAUUGUAUGAUAGUACAGCAAAAUACAUAAAUGCACUUGACAAUUGGAACUCAAAAACAUUACAGAAUAAGAAGUUAUAUAAAAGUUAAAUACUUUGAGUCUGCUGAGACAUUAGUCAGGAAAUAUUGUGUAAUUGUUUUGUUGGGUUUAGCUUAAAGGAGUGUAAGUGUUUUGGUCUUAGAUGUCUAUUAAUACUGAUCAGAUGAGCCAUUUCACUAAGGCAUCUGGUUUAGGUACUACAUGAUUUACAAGAGGUCACAAAAGGCCUACAGCAGUACACGUACACAACAUCCGGUAGUAGCACCAGCUCCCCCCUAUUAUCUGCUGCAGUCUUGGAAAAGGCCAAAAGAGGGCAACACUUCACUGUUCGGGCAACAGACCUGCACUGCUGUCUUUAAGUCUGUGGCGGUGGCUCCCACAAAGAAUAGUCAUUAACUCGUCUCACUCUCACAUCAGUCCAAAAAGCCCUGGACUUGUUUCUCACUGUGACAGGGAGCAUGGGAGAACUGGAGAAGACCUGGAGUGACGGGAGUUUCUUUGCUGUUAAAAACGCUGAGAUGAUGGUGUGUAUUUACUGCUUGCAAACUGUGCGUUAGUUGACGCUGUGAGGUCCAGUCUGUGAGUUGAGCUGAGGCUCUGGGAAGGAAGACGGGUUGGAGUUGGGAC